AUUGAUACUAAAUAUUAACAUUGGAUACAGCAUUGCAUUCGGACGUUCUGGUUCUGUUGCGAAAUCAACUACUUCUGAUAAAUUGAAGUCUCAAAUACUGCAAUCUUCGAGAGCUAUAAUUAUAUACAAGCCACUCCAGACAAGGUAGCACAUACAGAUCAACAUGUCCACCACUCGCAUUUUGCAUCCAGUCUCAAGGCUCACGUCCGCUGCUCGUGGGCUUUUAUCUCGGUCGGUCCGCCAGCCAGCUGUUAUUUCGGGCGUGCAGAGUCGAUUAAACAGCGGCCUGGCCAAGGAAUGGCAGGGGAGAGGGUCAGAAGAACACCCGGUCAAUCGGACAAAGAAGCGCGAUGUUACGGACCCCGUGACUGAUGCGUCGGCGUCGGCGAUGAAGGAUCGCGAGGAGAGUGAGGGCGUUGCGGAUGCCGCUAGACCUCAGGGCACUACGGGGAGGGGAGGACAGGAGCAUGGGAAGAAGGCCAAGGAGGAGCAUCCUAAGGCUCCGGAGCCGGUUAUUGGCAUGAAUGAUGAACGGGGUCAGAAGGGUCACUGAAUCGAGGGAGAUGUGGAUGCUAUUUCGUUUGGUAUAACGGCGGUUCUUGUAUGCUUUCAAGAUGCUCCAGAUUGAAGAUGCUCUUGUUCGGGAUUUAUUAGGAUUUAUCACAUUGAGAAUGUUUUAUAUUUUGUAAUCAUACUGGUAGUAUAUAAACACGCUAUAGUGCAU